AUGGCGAUUGCGUGUGCUAGACGCAAUCGCAGACGAGGAGGAGGUUUGGGAUUUCCUAUUGGUCCGGGACCUUCAGGCUGUCUAGGUGGUGGUCGCCGAGGAAGAAACUGUCGUCCAUCGUAUCUCGACGGAUUAAGCAAAGCGGCAGAAGAUGAGUACUUUGAAAUUGUAAGGGAUCGUAGCCUGACUUUCGCUGCGCAAAAAGAAAGAGUCCAAGCAUGGAGCCAAAAGUAUAACAUUACGGAAAAAGUGGAGCAAUUCAACAGAGACACGGAAAUGCUGAAGCAAGAAGCUAAAAAUAACGUUACCAUGCUCGUCAGUACGUUGUCAGGUUCGCUACAAAAUAUUCUGCAACUUGUCGAAAAUGACCAGCAAACACCUGAACAGCUCAAUGAAGGAAUGAGAAAAGUGGUGGACGAAAAUCCGGAGGCAUAUCGCUUUCUCAAGUUCGCUUUCCGUCAGUUUAUGAGAAGACCAGGUGAAGCUGACGGCCGCGGAAGACAGAGAGGAAGAGGAGGUUGGGCCGGAAGUACGCUGAAAAACUUAGGAGACCGUGAAGAAUCCGAAAGAACUUGGAGACUGGACGAUUUGAAUCAUGAAAACGAAAAAAAUUCGGAAAACUUGGAAGGGGACUCCGCAGAUUUGGAGAGCGCGGAUUAG